UUUUACUCUUGAUUUUUCCGUCAAAACAAAAACAGCUGGGCUAUUUAAUUUGUCAAAUGUAAAAUUAACAAAAAAGUAAAAAAAUCAAAUUAAAAAUAUGAAAUAUUGGAAAAAGAAUAUAUAUUAAAUAUAAUUAUUUUAAAAAUUUAAAUUUCUUAAAAAAUUUAAUUAGUAUAAAAGUUUGGAACAAAGAAAAAACGAGCCACUUUGGAUAAAUAUAGUCUUUGCAGUAAUUAUAUUCCACAAUAAGUUAAACAAAAUCCCGCUUAUAUACCAUAUCUAAAGCAACUAAUUUUGAAUAUUAUUAAAAAGCCGACUGCUGUCUCUCGGAUUGGUAGACAUAAGAUAUAAAAAAUACAUCUCUUUAACAAUGGAAGUUAAAGUAGAUUCUAAGGAACCGAAAAUAAACCAAAAAGACAUGGUUGACUUCAAAUAUCAGCAUUUUGAAGAUGUCGAAGAAGGUAUUAAAGAAAAGGAAAAGGACAUAUUAGAGAUAAUGCAUAAAGUAUUUCAACUAUAUAAACCGGAUGAAAUUUUGCUUUCUUUUAAUGGAGGGAAAGACUGUACCGUAGUUCUACACAUGCUGCACAAGUUUUUCCAAAAUAACGCCUGUCUGAAAAAUAUAAAAAUUCCUACGUUAUAUAUCACUGAUCCGGAUGCAUUCGAGGAAAUCGACCAGUUUGUGAAUGACUGCCAGAAUCUUUACAAUAUAGAUAUUAUAAAGAAAAAGGGCCCUAUUAAAGAAGCCUUGAAAGAACUUUGCAAUGAUAAUCCAAAAUUAAAAGCUGUAUUUAUGGGCUGCAGAAGAACUGAUCCCUAUUGUAAAGAUUUAAAAGUUAUGCAGAUGACAGAUUCGGGUUGGCCACCUUUAAUGCGUAUUAAUCCUAUUAUUGAUUGGAAGUGUCGUCAGGUGUGGGAGUAUAUAUAUCUUUAUAAUGUACCAUAUUGCAAAUUAUAUCAAAAAGGCUACACGUCAAUAGGGAAUAAAAAGAAUACAAAACCAAAUCCUUAUCUACGAUUAAUAGAUGUCACUACUGGGAAAGUUGUCAAUUAUAGACACGGACAUGAGCUUCUAGACAACGAUGAGCUAGAACGUGCUGGACGAUUUUAAGUUUAUCUAGCAUAAUUGCAACACACAAUUGAAAUACGAUUGUGCUAAAAAAUACUUAAUAUACUUUUAUAAGAGUGGUGCUAACAUUUUAAAUAUUUUUAGUUAAAAACAAUAAAUAGUUGAAAUUCUGUAUAUAAAUUAAUAAAAUAAAACAGUACAAAUAUCGUGUAAAAA